CGGCCCGCUUAUAACGGUGCACACUUCGUUAGGAAGAAGGAUUUUGUUUUCAACAAUGGAAAUCUUGGUUCAUCUGUAACUGUUUAAACCGUGUUAAGCAGAGCUAGUAAUCAUGCCCACGGUGGUUCUUAUGGACUCCUCGCUGUCCAUGACGCGACCCGUGUCAGUGGAGGGCAGCGAAGAGUUUCAGAGAAAGAACCUGGCAGUCCACGGACUGACCAUGCUGUUUGAACAUAUGGCAACAAAUUACAGACUCGAGUUCACUGCACUUGUCGCCUUCUCUUCACUUUGGGAGCUUCUGGUGCCAUUCACCAGAGACUACAAUACUCUACAGGAGGCCUUGAACAACCUUGAAGACUAUGAUAAAACCUGUCUGGAGGCAGCACUACAAGGUGUUAGUAAUAUAGUACAGCAGGAGUGGGGAAUGUCCUGUCCAUGCCAGGUAGUGCUGGUUACUGAUGGUUCUCUGGGGAUUGGUCGUGGUUCUUUGCGUCACUCCCUGCAAACACUGAAUCAACGUGUGGAAGAUAAAAAAUUCCCACUGCCUUUCCCAUUCCCUUCCAAAUUCUAUGUCAUGUGCAUUGCCAAUGCAGAAGAGCUCCAAGCUACAGAUGGUAUGGAUAACUUGGAGCAGAUGAUUAGUAUAAAUGGUGGAGAGGGUCAGAUAUACACUAUGGAGGGACCCCUCUGUCUUAAAAAUGUCCAGUCUAUGUUUGGUAAGCUGAUUGACCAUGCAUACUCUCCCUUCCAUGCGGUGCUGCGCUGUGGGAACCUGGCCUCUGAUGUGCAGGUCUUUCCCAGGCCAGAGCCCGUGCUGUCUGAUGAGGAGGUGGAUCCCAUGCCCAAAACAGUGCAAACAGACCUGGUGAUUGUAGGAUUUAUUGAGAUUGGAGACAUCUCCAGCCCUCCUGUUUUAUCCAGACAUUUGGUCCUGCCCAUUGCUGUGACUAAAGAGGGGGAUGAGAUAGGUACAGGGGCCACUGAUGAGACAGAGGAAGAGACCGCCACAAAUCAGAUGGCUGGCAAGAGUCCAAAUUUCUGCGUUCUUUUACAUGGCAGCCUAAAAGUGGAGGGCAUGGUGACACUUGUACAACUGGGGCCAGAGUGGUUUGGAAUGCUUUAUUCACAGGCAGACAGUAAGAAGAAGUCCAAUCUGAUGAUGUCACUCUUUGAACCAGGCUUAGACCCUCUGCCCUGGUUGGGCAGAUUGUCACAGCUUGGUCCUGCCUCUGAUGCGGCGGAAAAUCCCUAUGGUGAAGAUGACAGUAAAAGUCCUUUCCCCAUACAGCCGAAACACAAGAGAAGCUAUGCUCAGAAUGUUACAGUCUGGAUUAAAGCCAGUGGAUUGCAGACAGAUGUACAAAAAAUCCUCCGUAAUGCAAGGAAGCUACCAGAAAAAACACAAACCUUCUAUAAGGAAUUGAAUCGUCUUCGGAAGGCUGCACUGGCCUUUGGUUUCUGGGAGCUCCUGAAGAGUGUAGCUGAACUGCUGGAGAGAGAGUGUACUCUGCUGCCUGACUCUGCUCACCCUGAUGCUGCCUUUCAGCUCUCACAUGCUGCCCAGCAACUUAAACUGGCCAGUAGUGGAGACUCCAAGUACGCAGCCUUUGUACACAACAUCACCCCCAUGCUCACUGACUUCUCUGGGGGCGGAGGAGCUGAGAGAAUGUAGGUGAUCGGGUAACAAUUUUCAAUGGACAACUACCUGAUCUGAUUAAAGGGAUAGUUCACACAAAAAUUAAAAUUCUGUUAUCAGUUACUCACCCUUAUGCCAUCCCAGAUGUGUAUGUCUUUUUCAUCUGCUGAACAGUUGAAGUGAAUGGGUGCCAAAAUUUUGAAGCUACAAAAAUCACAUAAAAGUAAUCCAUAAGACUCCAGUGGUUAAAUCCAUGUCUUCAGAAGUGAUAUGAAAGGCGUGUGUGAGAAACCGAUUACUUUUACAUUCUUCAUGCAUAUCGCUCCCUAUUGGGCAGUGAGAAGAAUUUCAAGCAGAAAAGGACUCAAAUAUUGAUGUUUCUCAUCCACACCUAUCAUAUAACUUCUGAAAAUAUGGAUUAAACACUGCAGUCUUAUGGAUUACUUUUAUUAUGCCUUUGUUCUUUUUGGAGCAUAACAUUUUUGGCACUAAUUCACUUGCAUUUUAUGGGCCUACAGAGCUGAAAUAUUUUUCUUAAAAUCAUAAUUUGUGUUCUGCAGAAGAAAGACAGUCAUACACAUCUGGGAUGCCAUAACGGUGAGUAACUGAUUAAAUCAUUUUCAUAUUUGGGUGAACUAUUCAUUUGAAAGGAUUGGACCUCUAAGAGUAACUCAGUGCUUUUAACAGUUUCUCAAUAGGAAAUUAGUUACUGCAGUCCUUCUCACACACAAAUGUGGCAUUUUCAGUGUUUCAGUGGUGUCACACCUCAACAAAGCCAUGGAUUAAGAGGAAACGUUUGGUUUGCUGAUAGAGAUAUGGACCAAAGUAUUCCAUUCAAGGAAAGAAAAGAGCAUUCUGCAUUUUACUAAAUGCAUUUUAAGAAAAUGAAUUUAGAAACUUCGGAAUCUAUUUUCAGACAAUUUUUGGUUUGUGUAAAUAGCAUUUUCUCUGUGGCUAAAUUAAUAAAAAAAGAAU